AUGAUUGCGGACACGGUGGCGGCAGAGGCGCUGCAGGUCGUCCAGCCGUUCGUCUCCAUGAUGGCGUCCCUCGUGCUCCUGCCAGCCAUCGUGCAACCGCCGUUUGCACAGCAUGUCCCGGCUCUCAGCGCGAUCCUCGCGCGCACUCUGCGCACCACGGAGUCGUACGACGUCGCGGAGCAGCUCCUGGCCAUCGCGCUUCGCGCCCUCGAACCCGCUCCGCUGCUGCUGGCAGCUGCCAUCAUCCCCGCGGCGAUCGCAGCGCUGACGAGCUGCAGCGAGGCACGCGACGCCGCGGCCGUCGAGGCGACUGCGAGCCGUGUCGUGAGAGAUGCCGCGCGCCCGUGCGCAAGGCUGCUGGCAAACCUGGGCGCGGGGGAAGCGGACGGAACACAGCAGCCGGAGGCUGUGGGGGGCGCUGUGCACGCUCAGGACGCAACGCGGCUCGCGUUCGACCACUGCAUCGCUCCGCUCGCUGGUGCUGCGAGGCUCGCCGACCGCGACGCGCGCACCUUCUUCUGGGACACGCUGUGGCAGCAGUGCAUCGGCAUGGUGCUGGCGAGGACGCCCGAAGCCACAACGCGGCUCGCCGACGCACGCAGCCUCGCGUCCGGCCUCGGGUUCUUGGUGCGCUUCGCCGAAGAUACUCUCCCCAGCCCGGAAACCGACGCCGACGUGUUGGCUGCGCGCACGCGCCCCGAGCUGUGGGAGGCGCUCCGCAUGGGGCUGCACCACGACGCCGACGUCGUGCGCAAGCGCUCGGCGUACCUGCUCAGCGCGGCGCUGCCGAGCCCGCACCCGCCGCGGUGGAGGUGCUUCCUGCGCCUUUAUUCGGUAUUAGACGAGUUCGGCACCCACCUGGUGGAGCAGGCCUGGGACGACGUCACGCGCCUGGUGCCCGACGCAAACGCGGCGCCCGCGACGAGCCCCGCCGUCGUGUCGGACCCCGCGGCGUACGACGCUAUGUUGGGAUUCGACUGGACGAUGGUUGUGUGGCAGAAGGCGCUGCGGCAUUCAAACCCAAACGUGCAGCGCCGCGCGCUGACGUCGCUCAUCGAGCUCCACGGCGGCGCGACCCUGCGCGGAGCGAUCCCCUGCGAGUUCGUCGCGGGCGCCGUCCUGCCGGCGCUGCUCAGUGUGCACCACUACGCGCCUGCGUCAGGUGCGCCGUCAGACAGGAACUGGUCGGAGGCGCCGUGGACCACCGGGACGGGGCCCGCCGCGGACGCGUUCCUGCGCGAAUGGGCAGCUGACUGCGGAGCACCGCGCGCGGGCCGGGCCGCCGUCGCCUGGCUCGCGUCGGGCACCGUCAUGGGCAGUUGCGGCGGCGGCAUCUCACGCACAGGGCUGUCGGCGGCGUGCGGCGCCCUGGCAGCGCUCGCGUCCGCGGGGCCCUGGCAGCUACAGCCCGAGGACGCGCGGGACGUCCUCGGGGCCCUGACGCGGCUGGCGCUCGGCGCUGCGUCGCACUGGGACUCGGAGUUCCGCAAAGCAGUGUUCUGCGACAUCGCGGCAGCGGCGUGCGCCGUGGCCCCGGACGACGUCGAGGCGGUGCUGCUGCUCCUGGACGCGUUCCCGUCCGUGGCUCGCUGCCCCACCCGCGUUUUGGGCAGGAGCGCGUACCCCGUGCUGCAAGCGUGGCUGGCGCCACCGAGGGACUCGCCCGAGGCGCCGCAUCGGUGCUGGCGCAUGAUCGACGACUUCGUGGCCGGGCCAGGCCCGUCGCCCGACACCGCGGCGCCUGCGUUGGACCUCGCGUCGCUCGACGCGUGGGAGCGGCGCGCCCGGCAGCUGGCGAGACUCGCCGUGGUGGCUGACCUGGCGGGGGCGUGCGAGACCGGGGCGAUGGGCCUCGCGACGCGCCUCUCGCAGGUCUACCGCGCGACGUACGCGCCCGUCGGGUCCGCGGAGCGCGCUAUGCUGGUCCUCGCAGCACUGCUCUGCGAGCUCGAGGCGUGGCUGGCCGGUCGCGCGGGGGCCGACGGCGUCGCGUCGCCGUUCGCAGCGGACGGCGCGCAGGAGUGCGACGGCGUCGUGGACGACUUGCUUGCGUCGCUGACGCAUCUAUGCGUGUUUUUGCUCGAGGCAGCUUCGGGGGAGGUGACGCAGCUGGCUCUGGCGGCGCUGCAGGGCGGGGCGGGUGGGGACGACGGCGUCGCGCUCCUCCGCGACGACGCAUCCGCGCAGGCAGCUGCUGUAGCGAUGCAGAUUCCGACUGGAAACGCUCCCGAGGCUGGGGGAGACGUGCUUGCGUCGGUGGUGUCGCGCCUGUUCCGCGCGGCAUACGGCUGCUGCAUGUCGGGCGGAAAGCGCGACGCAUCCGCGACCGCUGCCUGCCUGCUGUCGGCCACGCUGUCUGCACACACAUUCGAAGGCCACCUCGACCGACUGCGCGCCCUGCACGCCCCCGACGGCCCUGUCCCGUGGCUCGUGACGCGGCUCACGGACCAGGCGUCGCGGUCGACGCGCGUGGCCCGCAUCCUCGCCGCGCACCUGGGCAAGGCGGUCCUGGCCGUUCCCUCGGCCGGAAUGCGCUACCUCGGCGCGCUGAGCACCCUAGCGCAGCUCCCAGCGUCCGAGUGCCCAGUCAACGACCAGGAACGCGAGUUCACGGCGGACCUCGCAACGCAGAGCGGGAUGCGCAGGGACGGCGCCGAGCACAACGUGCUGCUCCCGGGACAGACCGCCCUGAGCCCCGCGGUGGAGGCGCGCCUGUCUGCGACAUCGGUGGCUGCGCGCGCAGCAGCGCUGUGCUGCCUGUACGAGCUCGCGACGUCGGAGGACCGCGACGCGCUGUCGGUCGCGCGCGUGCUGUGGUGCGCUUUGCUCUGGGACGCCGUGAAGGGGGAGGUCGGCAGCGACACGGAAUACCGUGAGGGGUCUGCCAUCCACAGAGUCAAGAUCAGACUGUGGCACGCGAUCGUCGUGCUGUCGUCCGCGCUACCCGACUACAGCGACACCGAGGGGCCCUUCAUCGACCCCGACAUCCUCGCCCAGCUCCCCGCGGACGCCCUCCCGCGCGGCGUGAACCUGCAGGACGCACUCGACCUCGCCGCGGACCCGUCCAAGGCGAUGGCGGCCCUGCACGCCGUGUACUCGCGCUCCGAGCACCCGACGAUCCGAAUCCUCGCGGAGGUUACCGGGGCGCGGGUGAUAUGGCAGGCCCCGCGGCUCUAUGAGGACGUCGUGCUGACAAGGUUGCACGACUACACCGCGCGGCACGAGGGCGUCGGGAGCUACCUCGUGAUCGCGGCGAGCCUCGCGAUGGCGCUCCAGCGGCGGGCCGCGGAGAGCGGGGACGAGGAGGCGCAGCGAGCGCUCGCCGAUCGCGUGAGGCGACUGACAUCAAUCGCCUUGCCCUGGGCGACGGUGUGCAACCACGGGAAGCGUGCGCUCGCCGAGGUCUUGCUCCACGAGCUCCUCGUGCGGCACUUUCCGGCGUGCGCGGACGGGAACCCCGCGCUCGAGGCCUACCGCAAGUACUGCUCGGAGAGUGCUGAGGUCCGUCGCUUCAUUCGGCAGAUCGCCCCGCGCCUCCGCACCUUCGAUCCGGGGCAGCCCAUCACCCCCGGAGAGCUCCUUGGUGGCAGUGCGUCCGUCGCCGGGCCCUGGCCGCCGCUGCCCCUGCGUUUCGAGGGCGCGGAACCAACGUUUGUCGACGCUAUCCAUGCCUACCUCAUGGACGCGCGGCAGACCCUCCGCACGGAGGUCAACGCCGCUGCGCGCAUGCGCGCUGCAGCGGAGAACAGCUUGCGGGAAGCGGCGGCCAGCGGGGCCGCGCCGCCGGCGGUCGAUCGGCAGCGUGGCGCGAUUCAACGCAAGAUCGACGUGGCGGACGCGAGGGGCGCGGCGGGGGCAUUCGGGCCACUGGAUCUGUCGUGGCUGUCCGAUGCGCGGUCGUGCGCGGGCGGCGCGUCGCUCGUCGCCUCGGCGACGUGGCCGUUUGCGCCCUGGAGUUUGUUUGGGGAGGCGCUGGCGGGCGGGGGAGUGGCGGACGCGGGGGUCGAGGGUGGCGGGGGGGUGUCGCGGCAGGGGUUGGUGGUGGUGGGGACGCUGGUUGACAAGGUUCCGAACCUCGCGGGGCUGGCGCGCACAUGCGAGGUGUUCCGAGCGGAGCGUCUGGUGGUGUCGGACAAGAAGGUGGCGAAGGACCACAUGUUCCAGUCCAUCGCGUCGAGUGCGGAGCACCUGACGCCGCUCGAGGAGGUCCACCAGGAGGAUCUUCCGGGCUGGCUGCGGGCAAUGCGAGCAGCGGGGUACGCUCUGUACGGCCUGGAGCAGACGGACUCCUCCGAGUCCCUCCCAGAGGCGAGGUUCCCGGACAAGAGUGUGUUGUUGCUGGGCGCGGAGGGUGACGGCAUCCCCGCGCCUCUGCUGCAGCUGAUGGACAGCUGUGUCGAGAUCCCACAGCUCGGCCUAGUCAGAUCUCUCAACGUCCACGUUGCUGGCGCCAUCACUGUGUACGAGUACACCAGGCAGAGAUUGACAGGCGGGGGGCGGCACCUGCUCGCUGGGAGUGCAGUGCUCACUUGA